UGGAAGUUGGGCACCCUGGAAGCGAGAGUGAUGGCGGGAUUUUCUCUCGCUCCACUCUUCAAAAGAAUGUUUUGCUGGGGGCACUGGGCUUGCCGCCAAUGAGUCCUGUUGGCAACGAGGGUCCUCUCCCAUAUUUCUUCGUUGGUGAUGAGGCCUUCCCGCUGAAGGAGUACAUGAUGCGGCCCUACCCAAGACGGACACUCCAUGACGACGACAGCAAGGCCCACGAGCGCCGCGUCUUCAAUUACAGAAUGACCAGGGCACGCCGCGUCAUUGAGAAUACCUUUGGUAUCCUGGCACAAAGGUGGAGGAUGCUGCGACGACCCAUUAAGGCGAAAGAAGGCAACAUAAAGGCAUACAUUGGAGCGUGCAUAGUGUUGCACAACUUUCUUCUUAAAGAGUCCGCAGCAUCCUCCGCCGCCUAUUGCCCACCUGGUGCCACAGACAGCGAGGACUGGGAAGGCCGCCUUUCACCUGGAAGUUGGAGGGACGAGGAAGCAGUCGGUGGAGCGCUCUUGCCACCGAGACCUACUGGCUGCAAUGCUGCGAGGUAUGCGAAGCAAGUGUGAGACAAACUGGCGCACCACUUCGUCACAGACGGUCAAGUUCCCUGGCAAGACAAAGUGGUGAACAGCGCUUGAAGUAUACAAGUUCAAGGGGUCCACAACGGUCUCCUCAGUCGUGUCCUCGGAGGUUUCGGGGUCCACUGCAUGACUUGGCCCUGGCGUUGAACUGUAGUGAUGACAACUCUUUUCCAUGUAUUUGACAACGCUAGUGGUACAUGCACUGUUAGCAUUCUUUGCAUCAGGUGUGUGUUACGUGCAGCUGCAAACACGAGUGCACUCAAGGGGUUAUUACCAUUACACCAUGUCUUUUGCAUUACUUCUUUUCAUAACAUGACUGUAUGAAUGAUGUGCAGAAGCACAAGUUCAAUGUUUUUAUUAUGU